AUGUGUCCCAUCUCCGUACCGGCGGCGGCGCAGCCAUGGACGUCAACGAGGAGGCCAUGGCGGUGAACAAGCGCGCCUUCCUCGACUUCCUCGACCAAGACGUCGGCAAGGGGCUCACCAUCGGCAUGGAAGACCUCCACAACCACAACCUCGAGCUCGCCCGCAGGUACCUUUUCAACCCCAGGGACUUCAUGCAGCCGGCAUCGGACGCGGUCACGGAGGUGGCCAGGAACCUGGACCCCAAGUUCCUCAAGGAAGGCGAGCGCGUGAUGGUCGGCUUCACCGGCCCCUUUGGAUUCCAUAGGGUCACGCCCAGGGACCUCAUGUCCUCCUUCAUCGGGACCAUGGUCUGCGUCGAGGGCAUCGUCACCAAAUGUGAUGGGACCCCCUUUCUCUUGGCCAGUAUCUGGUCUCAUGUCGUUCAAUUUAUGUGA